CCACCACCCAAAACCUUCCCCAACUCCCUCAUAUCUACGUUUACCCUCCCAAUCUUCUCCUCUCCUCAGCCACCAAGUCCAGCAAUGGCAGCCUCCCUUUCUCUGCACACUCCUUUCACCUCUCCCCCACUCAGCCUUGGCUUCUCCGGCCGCCACCGAGCCGCCUCUCUCUUCCGGCUAAAGAUGGCCGAUACCAAAGGUGGCAGAGUGAAGGCCAUGGCUACGUAUAAGGUGACUCUUGUCACGCCUGAUGAGACUGUGGAGAUUGAGUGUCCAGACGAUGUGUUUAUUCUGGACAAGGCAGAAGAGGAUGGGAUAGACUUGCCAUUCUCUUGCCGAGCUGGUUCCUGCUCUUCGUGUGCUGGAAAGGUGAUUAAGGGCGAGGUUGAUCAGUCUGACGUUAGUUUUCUCGAUGAUGAUCAGAUUGGUGAGGGAUGGGUGCUUACUUGCUAUGCUUAUCCCAAGUCUGAUGUUACCAUUAAGACUCACAUGGAGGCAGAGCUUAAUUAACUAUUCUUGAAGGCUUGCAAAAGUGGUAAUACAGAUGCUACUAGCUUGAAGAAAUGGUUAGGUGUGGGAGUGGUGGAGGAGAGGAAGAAGAAGGAGAUGAUGUUUGUAUGUGGUAGUUGAUAAUGAUCAACUAUGUUGAUUUGGUGUUUGAGUGCUUUUUAUGAGCAUUAUACUCUCUAUGUUUGAGUAAUGGUAAUUGACAGUCAUUUAACAUAUAUGAUUUAUGAUGUUGUAUGAAUUUGAAUGUUGAACUCUAGAAAGUUAUUGAUUUU